UCAAUUAGCGGGGUAAUCAUCCUGGGAGAAGUCGGCAUGUAUUGUAUGUAUGGCAUCCAACUUGGAACAACUCCAGGAACCCUAAUCAAAUCAUUUCUUCACUCCCACCCAAAUCAAAAAUCAUUUUCCAAAAAUUGUUCAUAAGCUAAUUGCAAUGUUGUAUGCUCUCAAUCCUUUCCCCACAAAACCAAAUGGCCUUGCUCGCCAAAUCACGCCACUUUAUCAGGCCCCGGACCUUCAAAUCCAUCUGCACCUUCCUUCACCUCAACCAGAACGCGCAGCAGCUACCUCAGGAUCCGCCGCCGAAUCCAGCCUCUGGAAGUGUGCGGUUCCGUGAGAACCGCCGGAACCCUACACCAGGUGCUUUGGCCUCCGCCGCGUCGGCUGAAGCGCCGAAUUUGAUGAAUAAUUUUGCAGACAGGACGACGUCGCAGAAAUUGGACGAAAUUAUCAACGAAGAUCACCUUCUUAGGGUUUGCACGGUUCUGUACCAACAGCAAAACGCCUCCGAUGCAAAACUCAACGGAAAACUCACCAAAACACAGUUCAAUCUCAGCCACGACUUCUUCCUCCAGGUAUGCAACAAGUUCCCAUUCUCAUGGCGACCUAUUUACAGAUUCCAUUUAUUUUCCCUUUCCCAAUCGAAUUUCACCCACACACCUACCACCUUCAACAAAAUGCUCGAUAUUGUGGGUAAAUCGAGGAACAUCGAUCUCUUUUGGGUACUCUGUGAAGAAAUAGCGAAACUCCGAUUGGUUAACAUAAAAACCUAUGUAAUUGCACUGCGAACCCUAGCUGCUGCCAGGGAACUGAAAAAAUGCGUAGAAUUCUUCCACUUGAUGAAUGAUCACGGCUACGAGUACAACAUCAAGAGACUCAACAUUGUCGUGGAGAUUCUCUGCAGAAACAAGCUCGUCGUGGAAGCUAAUCAUGUUGUAGUAAAGCUGAGGGAUUGGAUCAAGCCUGAUGAGGAGACUUACAGGUGGAUUAUCCAUGGUUUCUGUGAUGUCGGGGACUUAAUCGAAGCCUCUAAAAUCUGGAAUUUAAUGGCGGAUGAAGGGCUCAAGCCUGGAACAGAUGCCAUGGAGGUAAUGCUGGAGAGAUUCUUCAAAAACGGCGAAAUGAAAGAGGGAUUGAAGCUAUUCCAGUCGAUGAGGACGAGCAGGAUGGAAGAUAUAAGAUUGUCGACGUAUCGAUUAGUGAUUAAGUGGCUCUGCAAGAGAGGGAAGACAGGGGAAGCUCAAUUUCUGUUCGAUGAAAUGCAGAAGGCAGGCAUAGAACCCGACAACGAGAUCUUUGGAUCGAUCAUAUACACACUAACGAGCAGAGGCCGAGUGAAGGAGGCAUACAAGAUUCUCGAACAGGUCAUAAAUCCCGAAGUUUGCGUGUAUCACGGGAUGAUGAAGGGACUUUUGAGAUUAAAAAAGGCGAGUGAAGCAACAGAGGUGUUCCGGGAAAUGGUUAGGGCAGGUUGCGAGCCGACAAUGCACACAUACGUGAUGCUGCUGCAGGGCCACUUAGGGAAGAGAGGGAGAAAGGGGGAAGAUCCAUUGGUUAAUUUCGACACAAUUUUCUUGGGAGGUUUGGUCGUGGCCGGGAAAUCGUACGAGACGAAUAAGUACGUGGAGAGGGCAAUCCGGCGAGGGGUUGAAGUGCCGAGAUUCGAUUACAACAAGUUCUUGCACUACUUCUCCAACGAGGAAGGCGUCGUCAUGUUCGAAACAAUGGCAAGAAAGUUGAGGGAGGUCGGAUUGUUCGAUUUGGCCGAUAUAUUCGAGAGAUAUGGCCUCAAAAUGGCUACCAGAGAUCGGAGGAGAAGUUAAGGAUGCCAUGGAUUGUGGAUUGGUUAGGCAGAGUGUGGAGUUUUGCAGCGGCGGAGAUAGUCCUCGGCUUUGUCGACGUAUUUGGCCAUUCCUUUGUUGCCGUCGAGCUUUCCGUACUCGGCGGCUGCCUUGAGGAGAUCGUCGGUGGCUCUGGCUACCUCGUCUUUGUCG